AUGAACUGGUGUUCUGCGAUGAGCUUAUUGCAAGGGGAACGCGUGUACAAAAGCUCACAACAGUUUGGAAGUACACCACCACCCGCUGAACUACAAAACGCAGAAGUGCAGACUUACUCCGUGAUCCGUAGUCAAAACUCUUUUGUACUGAUGUUUGCGACCGCCGAUUUGUUUAGCUAUACAGUUCGACCGAUUUUGCAUUGGAAUACAGAUGAGGAAGUCGAAGUGGACAAAAUACCAGAUUACGAAUCGACAAGUCAGUCAUCGGUUAAAGACAGAUAUGAAGCAGUAGCGAAGACACCAGAUCGUGGCGCAAAGUGCCUGGCACAGCUUUCGUCGAUCAGCAAGAAUAUUGAGUCGAAAACAUCGAGCUCGCUUUCCCUGAAAGUUUUUGUUGCGGAAUCCAGCAAAGGUGAAGCACUUAAGACUCGGGAUAAAUUUGCCCUGCUGACGAACAUCGUCAAACUGGCCGGAUCCGAGGCAACUAAAUCGCCCAGCUCGCGAUGCGAAACGCAGAGCAAGAAAGAAAAGCUCCUUGAUAGUUGUGUUACAGGUGAUAGCCUGGCUGUUGAUGAUGGUAUGUGUUUUAACGCAAUGCAAUACGUCAAGUUGUGCACGGGUGCUGAUGUGGGCAUGUGUGAUCAGCUCAGUUAUUAUAUUAUGAUGGGUGAGGGUGCACGAUUCGACUCUAAUGCUAGCUUUGCCGGGUGA